UUUUAAAAAUUUUAAUCAAUAUGUUUCAUUCAUAAUUAAUUCAGUAAAAUCACAAAAAUAAAAAACAGUUUUAUUUAAACAAAUUAAACAAUUAGUUUUUUUUUAAAUAUAAAAAAAACAUAAAAAAAACUUCCCAAAAUGGCGGAGUGCAAAAAAUCUGCCGAAUCUUGGAUUCUACUAUCGAUUCUCACAUAUUCCGCCAUAUUCACUCAUUUCUUCCAGAAUGUCGUUACGGAAAGUACAGAAAUAGGACAUAAAAAUGAAGCGAACUUGACGACAAUUAUUUAUUUACAUCCGACGCUGUUGGUGCCUAAAGCAUUUCUCACUUCCGGUAAAUCUGAUUCGGGUGCCGAAAUCAGGAAAACAACUUUAGAUCAUUCCAUCAAAGAUAGCCUGGAUUUUGAAUUAACCAGAUCAAAAUCUCCCACCAUUUUAACGCCAUCUGAUUUGGGUAGCGGUUUAGAAAUGGAUAUGUCGAACGUUUCCGAAAGUCAUUCGGGAGACGCCACACAUAAUUUAACCGCCAAAUAUGGCUCUGGGAACUUGACUUCCGAUUUGAAUUCCGUUCCCUCGAGAUGGAAUUGGCUUUCGACUACCGGAAGUUCGAAAGGCGUCGAUACUACGUCGUAUAAGCAAGCCCACGAGGCCGCGUUGAACGUCACGAUGAAGCGUAUCACUUUGUCGAGCUAUUCCUCCACAAAUCGUGCUGAAGAUGGUGCCAGUAUUCUCUGCAAAUCGAACUGCUCGAGUAACGAUGCUAACAAGACCGUACUUCUCCCCGCCAAAAUUUUGACCAUUCCGCGGAAAUAUUCCAAUCUUACCGCGCAUCGCGAUUCCGUUCCGGCUAGUUCCACAUCGGGAAGCGGCUUAGAUUCUUUCAUCACGAAUGUUAAUGAGAUGGCGGAUUCCGCGACCACUAAAGAACAGAAACUUUUCACAAAUAUUUCAGCUCUGGCUCAUGAGAUUUUCGGUGCCACGCAAGGAAUGGUGACCGUCUUAUUUUCCAAUCUGUCUUUGGAGCAGUGGCAAAAGGUGUUGAAGGUAAGCCUAGAAAAUUUCUUGAUUACGUAUCUAUGGACCCACUACUCGGACGUCAUCGCCCAAUCUGAGCAGCCUCCUCGCAUGACAACGUCAACCGCCGCUCACAAUCAUUCGAUUUCGGAAGAGGAAGCAAUCGAAGCGCACAAUAGAAAACCUACGUUCCUCGCGAAACGCCUCAAACGAUUGAGCGGAAAUGGGGAUUCCACAUUAGAAAUCGUCUACGCAGAGGAGCCGAGCCCCCAAGAGAAUGAAACUCUUCUAACCACGUUUUACGUCGCCAUUCGUCACAGAGUCGGACCUAAAAAUGUAACCGACCAACCUAGAUUGGAUGUUCGAUAUUUGUUGUGGGCCUUAAAAAGCUUCGAAAGAACGACCCUUAACCAGAACAACAUGAGCCACUCGAAAAUGUUGUAUUUUGCGGUGAAUCCCUUCCUGUCACGAAUCAUUGCCGACAAAAUUUCGGAACUGUUGGACCGAUCUUCCUACCCGUUCAAAACCGUGUCCCCGAAAAUGAUCGAUUGCAAACCCGGGAUCAAAAUAGGAAGGGAAUCUGGGACCGAUAAGUGCGAACCCGGGUCGAUUUGCAAAACGGAUGUUAACGGAUCGGCGGAGAAGGUAAACGGCAUCGGGAGCGGGGAGAGCGUGCUCAUGGGGGCCGUGUUCGCCUUCUGCGCGCUCGCGAUUACCGGUCUGUUCGCUUAUUUCGGUUUUUCGCGCUUUAGAAGAUCCAGAAGAGGGAACUUCCGGUUACCCGGCCACGACUCCUUUAAUCGCCUAACGGCCAAUAGGAGACAAUCGAUGCGACUGAAUAAGAUGGAUAAAGAUAAGGGGUUCAACGAUUUGAUGGAUAGAGCCGAAGAAGGACACCAAGGCAAAAUGAAUUCUCUCUUUUACAGAAAACCCAAUGUAUUCGGGCUUAACAAAGAUAAAAAUAUGGAUGCUUCUAGGGGACUUGAGGAAUUGAAGAGAUUACAUCCGUUACCAGAAAGAUUGGAGGAUAAGGGCGAAGCAGUUGGGGACGACGAGAUUCGUAUUACCAAGAGUGCCAGGAUAUCUUCAUUCGUCGAUAAUUCGAGGAACGAUGAUCUUACCAGGAGUCGAGUCUAGAUGCGACUCUCACGCUGAACCAUUUUUGUUUAAAGUUGUUAAUUCUUUGUGUACAAUAAAUUAUCGGGAUACUUAUUUUUUUCUUUUAACCCUCUCGCCAAUUCACUAAAAAAAUGAAAGUCUGUAUAGGGGAAGCUACCAUUGUAUAUAAUAGUAUCGUUAUAAG